AGACCGAGCCUAGAUCUAGAUUCUAGAUCUAGAAUCUAGAUAUUAUCUAGACUAACUGUGGUCUAGACUCUAUGUUUGGUUGCUUAAUGAAAACCAUUCAAAUAAUUUUCAUUGCAAGUGAUCGAUUUACAUUAACACUGCUUUACUAGUAAUUUUAGCAAUUUUUCUUAAUGUUGUGUUAAAAAGAGAGAAAUACUAGAUUCUAUUCGGAUUUUCAAAGAUUUUACUCUUACUGCAAAUUCUUAUCUUGAUUCUACUACCAAUUUUGGUAAGAACAAUUUACAUAAAUGGAGAGUUUACGAGGAGAGUUGUCCUCCUUGUACAAGAAGCAGUUCCUGAAACUGGACGCCGCGGAAAAUGCCGGGAAAGACACGACAAGGAUGAGGAUGCAGCUCCUGGAGAACUACGUCAAGGAUCUGAACGAGCAGAACGAAAUGCUCAUACAGAUGGUGGAGGAAACCUCGCAGAUCAGGGACGAGCUCAAGUGUCGGGAAUCGCAGAAGGCCGAGCAGCUACAGCGACUCAAGAGCUGCCUGACAGAGUCGGAGUGUGAGAUCGACUGCCUGCGGGACUCCAAGGCAGACCUGGCCUGUGAACUCUCCAACCUCAACUCGGAGCUGGCCCGAGUCACACGGCGCGCAGAGGAGGCCGAGAAAGAUAACGAGUUGUUGAACAAGACACUGGCCGAGCAGGAGGCGGAAAUCACCAAGUCUCACUUGGAGUUGGAUCAGAUGGACGGGGAGGUGACCGGAGUCAACGACGAAGUGGAGUGUCUCAGGGACAAUUUUGUCAGAUGAGCGAGGAGCUCCAAACAAUUCAGAGGAAGCUAAGAGAGAUCUGCACGGAAAAGGAGGAAGGAGACAAACUUCUGGAAGAUAUGGAAAA